UGUCUGUUUUUAAUAUUUGUGCAUCUUUUAUCGAGACAAGUUCUUUGUACUUUUGGAGUUGGGCUUCUAGGAACUGAAUUCGGGAAUCUCAUAGGGAAGACCUAACUUCCAUAUCCUUUAUUGUAGCUAAAUGAACGCUUCAGCAAGGUUUCUCCUUACGCUCUUCGUGAAGAGACACUUUUGGUUUUACUGGCUUUGAUGUUCCCUUAGCAAGAGUUUUUGGCAAAGGCUUUGAGGUUUUGGAAGUUUUUGACAUUUUUGAUGAUUUAGAUGCUUUUGUUUUUACGCUACUAGCUUCGCUAACAGAGUCAAACUCAGAUUUAUUCGAGAUUUUAGCAGAAACCACAAGUUGUAUUUGCCUCAGUACUGCUUCGAUUGCACCUGGUUUACAAUCUAUUAUAUCUUUAAUGUCAUCCCCAUGUAUUUGAUAAUUGAUCCUUUUGAGCACUUUUUUAUUAAGCAUUGCCCAGUUGUUAUACUUAUCAGUUCUGGAACUCACUGUAGAAUAAUUGUGCAACUCCACAUAUUUCGGAAAGUAGUUAUGUAUAAUUUCUGCCAUAAGGACACCAUCAGAGAAAUCUCUGGCAAUAUUUUUAUUUAGGUUUAGAAAGGCCUUGAUUGUCGACCCAGUUAUACACAAUAUACUCUUCAUCUUCUUCUAAUGCAGGUGCUUUCAUUUAAUUUUUGUAUAACGCACAAGUUCCUUAAUAAAGUUUUUAUAAAUUCUUGAAUCUGGUAGACUGGCUUAAGAGUUAGAAUGAACCAGGUACAGAUCCUUGCCUGUUCAGUCUUCUUUGAGUUUGGAAAAUCAGUGAGGAGCUUAGAGGUUCUACAAUUAUGGUGGGAUUAAUUUUUGUGUUGGAUAUUUUGAAAAAUGAGGCUUGGAUUUGGAAUGAUAAUUGAGAAAGUAGAGUGAGAGAUAACUUCCCUACCCCUUCUCCAAGAAACCCUACCUCCCUCACCAAAAUUGCUGAUCCCUCUCCCACCCUGACCUUCAUCACCAAAAACUAACUCUGUUAAGUCCUAUACUCUCAGCAACCAAGGCCGAUUUCUGGCUAGGCGAUUCUGCUGAAAGUCUGUUCUUGAAUAGAGAGAUUUGGAGGAAAGAGAACCAGGGAAAUUAUGCACCAAGGUUAGAGGACCAAGAACAAAGGACAAAAGAAAUUGGUUAGUGUUGAAGACAAGAGGGGCUUAUUGGAGGUUUAUUGAAGGAAAGUAAGAAUUAGG